ACACUUCCCAAGGCAAAAACCGGCAGGAAAGAGAACGCUCGAUCAGCAAUCCCCCACUGACACUGGUCAAGUUCCAUUCCUUCCCCGCCACCCUCGUACAAAGAAGCCAUGCCAAGAGACCAACCACGGGUUGAAUGCCAAAAGCAAAAAAAACAAAGUGAAGGAAGAAGAAAAAAAAAGAGAGGCUAGGAAAAAACGAAACUCACCACUCUGUAAGCAAGCGAAGGGAAACAACAUAAAAGCCCGCCCCUUCGAUCUUGCAAUGCGGAUUUCCACCAUUCCCCCCCACUACCACUCUCGCUCUUACUACUCUCGCUUUUAUUUUUUAUUUUUUCCCGGCUGCAGAAUUGAUUGAUAGCUUUAUCGAUCGAUUGAGAUUCCUCGCAUUCGCUGUAGAAAGAGAAUAAAAGAAGGGAAAAUAUAAUAAGGAUGCGCACCUCAAGUAUUCUCGUGAAGUUGGUUACGCUCGCUUCACUCGCUGGGAUUGUUGCAGCCGUGGGCGAGACGGUGAAUUGUGCCUUGUGCAGUGAGUGAACCGUCUUUAUACUAUACAUUCAGGGCCUCUCAUCAUUGACGUGGGGAUAUUAUAGCUGCCUGCUGCGGGUCCGGUGUCCAAUGCAUAAACAACGACCCGAUGGGGUACUCUUGCGUGCCCAUAUCCGCGAGUGCCCCUAGCACUCGUACAUCCGAUGGCACGAGGAGUUCGGCUGCGCCCAGCACCACUGCGGAGCUGCCGUGUAGUCGUGGUGGGCAAUGUAGAUCUGGGGAUCUUGGGAGAUCCGUAUGAACCCACCCUCUCCUCCUCCUUGACAUUCAUUGCUAACGGGCCGGAUAGACGACGGAAAUUCCGAGAACCUCCUGCGCCACCUGCAGGACUUCUCCUCAAGUGGUAAGUCAAGUUUCCCUUUUUUCCACUUUUUGAGAGUGAUCGGGCCAUUGAGGAUUUGUUUGCUGAUCGGUUGGUUCAGCCUAUUGUCACUACUCCCGCCUCCAGGGGCAACUCUACGAGCAGGCCAACGGGCAUGACCACCAUGCCGAGAAACUCUACUGUUCCCCUACCCACUGGCACUUCUAAGCCUGCGAAUCAGACUACUGUCGCCACGGGAAGCGCUGGUGCCAAAACUGGUGGUGCGCCUACUGGCGGUAGCGGUACUACAGGUGGUGGGGCAGGCAAUACGGUUUCCCCCGCCGCUACUAGCACCAGGUCUAUCAUUGGGUCUACCGGCGCUGCGGACAGGAAUAGUGCGAGCAUGCUUGCCGUGGCGGUUCUUGGGUCACUUGUGUGGUUUUUGGGAUGAGUGUGAUGGACUAUAAUGUUUAUGGAUUCUGAUACUGAUAUGUUUUAAUGUACUUUGGUAAUAGUUAAUGUUGGUUAAUAUUGAAAAUUAA